GAAUAGAAGAAACUAGAGAGAGAAACGGAAACCAACCAUUCAGCUCCUCGCUUCUCUCGACCUUUUACUUUUGGUUUUUACUGUUCGCUCGUGCUCACCUGAUACCCAUCACUGAUUUACUCCGAAAGAAAGAGAGAGGGAAUCACUCGUGAAGAUAAAGAGCAGCUGGGGGUGACCUGAUCAACACAAGAACAAGAAGAUGGGUAGACAGGUUGUUUGGGCGGUCGCAGCUGUAGUGGCUAUAGCGGCGUUGAACCUGCAGUGCGCGGUGGCUAAGACAACGCACGUGGUCGGAGACAGCUUGGGUUGGACCGUCCCUCCUGGUGGCGCCGCCGUCUACUCCACCUGGGCUUCUAAGCAAUCCUUCACCGUUGGCGACGUUCUAUUGUUUAACUUCACCACCGGAACGCACGACGUGGCGGAAGUGAAAAAGGCCGGUUACGAUUCGUGCGACGGCAGUAGCACCAUUGGAUCCGUCCAAAAUACGGGCCCCACAAGUAUAAAUCUUUCCUCCGCUGGUGAGAGUUACUACAUCUGCACUUUCAGUGGUCAUUGCUCCCUCGGCCAAAAGCUCGCCCUCAACGUCACCGCUACCUCUACACCUGCGUCUCCUCCAACACUACCUCCCACUCCUCCUCCGGUCAAAGCUGCUUCCCCUCCACUACAUGCAACUCCUCCGGCUAGCCUCGCUGCCCCACCACUAUCUCCAGCUCCUCAUAUCAGCCCAGCUGUCCCAUCAGUACCGACCACCCGUUCCAACGAGACCUACGUCGUCGGGGACAGUUUGGGGUGGACGGUCCCAACUGGUGGCGCCGCUGCUUACGCCACUUGGGCUGCCGGCAAGACCUUCCUAGUCGGAGACACUCUUGUCUUCAACUUCACCACCGGGAAGCACACUGUCGCCGAAGUGACAAAGGCAGGAUUCGAUUCGUGCAGCAGCAAUAGCAUCAUCAAUGGAACCCUUGUAACGAAGGGCCCAGCAAAACUGGUUUUGAAGACGAAGGGAGAACACUACUACAUCUGCACCAUCCCACAGCACUGCCAGUUGGGCCAGAAGCUUGCGCUUAACGUCACAGGAAGCACGUCAUCGUCUCCGUCUCCGUCCCCAUCUCCAUCCUCAUCCUCACCCUCUGCAUCUAACUCUGCACCCUCGUCUCGAUUUGGCGUCACAACCUUUUCUGUUGCCUUUUUGACCAGUACCAUCUUAGCUUUCUUUCUUUAGAUGAUAAUUUUGACUCUGCUUCUGAGAUUUUUGUCGCUUGCACUGAUUUGCUUUAUGAGUGUGUGUAUGUAUGUAUACACAGUAGUGUGAUUCAUUUAUAUCUGAUUCGGGAUGAGCCUCAGAUUUUGAACUUGAUAUCAGAAAUAAAAACUUCAUUUCUUAGGCCUGAA